AUGGAGAAUAAGGCAUCAGUCAUGGGAUUUCUCUUAAUCACUACUUUGAUAUCAUCUACUUAUCCAAGUUUAGCCACAGAAAAUGACGACAAACCAUUGAUUGAUCCUGACACCAGUCUAGAUGAAGCAUUUGCACGCUCCCCGGGUUCAGAAGAAUACAAUAUUAAUGCGUUCAACAGUAUACCAGCACCAGAAGCAAACUAUUUCAUGAAGAACUGUGCUAAGACGAGGGAUGUUAAGUGUGACGACGAAGUACUGCUUGAUCUUUUUAAAAACGAACCUAUGUCGAGAGAAUGUUGUCUCAUGGUAUUGCACAAUGGGGGAGGUUGUAACAUGUUAAUUGCGAAGUUCAGCUCCAGGUUGUACCAACUAAGACGUUUCACUUCCGUUGCCAAAAUUCUUCUUUUGAGGACUGAGAAAAUUUUGAACAGAUGUUCUGCUGAAACUUCUACACCAUUGUCUGGUUAA